CUCCACUCCCAUCCCCCCUCCGGCGCUUGGGCCUCGUCCCCUUCUCUGUCUCCCUCUCUUCCCCCCCCGUCGCCUCCCCAGACACCGACACCCCAUUACUCCCGCGGUCUCAGCCCCAGCCUUGCUCUCCAUCUCGCACCACCACCACCCGAGGCCACCUGCGGACCCUGGAAGCGUCUGGGAGGAGGCUCCCCGUCUAGCUGACAUCUGUUUCCAGCAUUUGCCUACCUGCCGCCCCCCAACUCUGUACCCGCCCGCCCCCCAGGGCCACUGAAGACCAUGACUAAGACAGAUCCUGCCCCGAUGGCCCCUCCGCCCCGAGGGGAGGAGGAAGAAGAGGAGGAAGAGGAUGAGCCAGUUCCUGAAGCCCCCAGCCCCACCCAGGAGCGCCGGCAGAAGCCCGUUGUACACCCCUCCGCGCCUGCUCCCCUCCCCAAGGACUACGCUUUCACCUUCUUCGACCCCAAUGACCCUGCGUGCCAGGAGAUUCUGUUUGAUCCGCAGACCACCAUCCCAGAGCUAUUUGCUAUCGUACGUCAGUGGGUGCCCCAAGUCCAGCACAAGAUAGACGUCAUCGGCAAUGAGAUUCUGCGCAGAGGCUGCCAUGUGAACGAUCGCGAUGGGCUCACCGACAUGACACUGCUCCAUUAUGCGUGCAAGGCUGGGGCCCACGGAGUCGGGGACCCGGCCGCGGCCGUGCGCCUCUCGCAGCAGCUGCUGGCCCUGGGCGCAGACGUGACCCUGCGCAGCCGCUGGACCAACAUGAACGCGCUCCACUACGCCGCCUACUUCGACGUGCCCGACCUGGUGCGCGUGCUGCUGAAGGGCGCGCGGCCCCGCGUGGUGAACUCCACCUGCAGUGACUUCAACCAUGGCUCAGCCCUGCACAUCGCAGCCUCGAACCUAUGCCUGGGCGCAGCCAAAUGUUUACUGGAGCAUGGCGCCAACCCAGCGCUCAGGAAUCGCAAGGGACAGGUGCCAGCAGAGGUGGUUCCAGACCCUAUGGACAUGUCCCUUGACAAAGCAGAGGCAGCGCUGGUGGCCAAAGAGCUUCGCACGCUGUUGGAGGAGGCUGUGCCACUGUCUUGUGCCCUUCCCAAGGUCACGUUACCCAACUAUGACAACGUCCCGGGAAAUCUCAUGCUGAGUGCACUGGGCCUGCGCCUGGGAGACCGUGUGCUGCUGGAUGGCCAGAAGACGGGCACGCUGCGGUUCUGUGGGACCACUGAGUUUGCCAGUGGCCAGUGGGUCGGUGUGGAGCUUGACGAACCCGAGGGCAAGAACGACGGCAGUGUUGGGGGUGUCCGGUACUUCAUCUGCCCUCCCAAGCAAGGUCUCUUUGCUUCUGUGUCCAAGAUCUCCAAGGCCGUGGACGCACCCCCCUCCUCUGUCACCUCCACACCUCGGACUCCCCGUAUGGACUUCUCCCGUGUCACUGGCAAAGGCCGAAGGGAACACAAAGGCAAGAAGAAAUCUCCAUCCUCCCCCUCUCUGGGCAGCCUGCAGCAGCGUGAGGGUGCCAAAGCAGAGGUUGGAGACCAGGUUCUUGUGGCUGGCCAGAAGCAAGGCAUUGUGCGCUUCUUCGGGAAGACAGACUUUGCUCCAGGUUACUGGUACGGCAUCGAGCUGGACCAGCCCACUGGCAAGCAUGAUGGCUCUGUCUUUGGUGUCCGGUACUUCACCUGUCCUCCAAGGCAUGGGGUUUUUGCGCCAGCAUCUCGCAUCCAGAGGAUUGGUGGAUCGACUGAUCCUCCUGGGGACAGUGUUGGAGCCAAAAAAGUGCAUCAAGUGACAAUGACACAGCCCAAGCGUACCUUCACAACAGUCCGGACCCCAAAGGACAUUGCAUCAGAGAACUCUAUCUCCAGAUUACUCUUCUGCUGCUGGUUCCCCUGGAUGCUGAGGGCGGAGAUGCAGUCUUAGAGGCCCUGGCUACCUGACAGAGUCCCCUCUAGCAUCUCCUGACACAAGGAGCCCCCAGUCACCCUGAGAUAGAGUCCCAGUGAUACCUCCAGAAUAGAGACCCCCAUUAGCCUUCAAUCACUGAGGUCCCAUUACUAACAGACCCUCCCCCAAAUACAGACCCCCAUGUCACCCCGAAGGAGAUUCCAUGAGUAGCACCUUCAGGUUAGUUCCUGUCUCCCACCCCUCAGAGCAGACCCCCUGCCAGUGAACAGAUUUCUACAUCACCCAAGUGAUGGUGACUCUCUCCAUAACAGGACAUUCUUGAGUCAUUUACCAGUGGAUCAGAAGUCCCAUGAACAAACAGCCCCUAUCCAUCCUCCUUAAAAUAAACAUAGGUGACACUGUCCGUUACAGACCAUUUCACUAGCUCCAUUUAACUAUCUCCAUUUAACAUCACUCCCCUCAAGAUGUCGUGACCCAUGGUCACCUUGAAGCCCUUAUACUGAAGACCCUCUAUCAGAGACUGCCUCCAUUCACAAAGACACUUGUUCUUAACCCUCAAGACAAGACCUACUUAACCAGCCCACUGUCACCCCCAAUCUACAGACACCAAAAUGGUCCUGUAAGUGUGAAUGACAGGACUCCAAGUCUUCCUAUCUUUGCACCCUCAAGAAACCCCCAGUGCCUUGUAUGAAGCCCACCCCACAUGGCCCACAGCCCCUGUGCUGGCCAGGCUACCAGAAAAUUCUCUAUUUUUAAAGAAAUGACUUCCCCUUUGGGGGAAUCCCAAAAUUUGGAGACCCCAUUCUGGAACUCUGGGGAGUCCAAACUCCGGAGUAUAUAUGUCCCAACUCCACCCCAUGUCUCCAAGUUCUACAGUCUCUAGAAGUCCCCAAGAUUCUAACGCCCAGAUCCCCCAAAUUACACAAUCCCUAAAUCCCCAGGGAAUCAACAAUUUAAAAAUCCAAUUCCAAGCCCUCAGAAAACCCUAAUAAUGGGGUCCUUGGGGCCAGGAUAGAGGAACCUGCUGUCAAGAUAAUGCGUUCCAGGCUCCUGAGGCACUUCAAACUCUAUUCCCAGGCACCAGGAGCGCCCCCCCCCAAAAAAAAGUCCCAUCGCUGGUACAGACUAGAGAACUUAAGUCCUUAGUCUACGGAUCUCCCAAACCCCAUAUUCCAAGACCCCUAUCCCAGGGGAACUCCCAAAUCUCAAAGCUUCCAUCUCUAAUGCGUGGAAGGCCCCAAGGGGACUCCAAAUCUUGGAGCCCCCAUUUCAAUCUACCUUCUGGUCACAGGUCCAAGACACUAAACCUAAGUUACUGGCCCCAAUGACCUCACAGCACUUGGGCCAGCCAGACCAACAGCCUGAGGGAGAACUUGAAGGCCCCGUGGGUCCAGAGCGGCCCAGGGGCCCUGACCACCCAGAACAGCUCGCGACUGCCCCUUCACUGCAUGUCCCCAGACUCAGCAUGACUCCUGUCCUCUCCAAUAAAGACGUUUCUAUGGCC